AUAUUAAGUAUUAAAUUCGCUUAAAUACUUGUCACUUUAGUUUAUGUUCUAGAAUUCAUUCUUCUUCGCGUUAUUUACCCGAAAAUAUAUAUUAGGAUACAAUUUUUUUGACGAUAUGAACAAUAAUGUCUGAAAGCCGAACAUGUGAAAAUGGCAUGCAGUCGCCAAGCAAAGGACGAUCAUUGCGUGAAUUUGAUGAGGAAUUGCAUACAUUAAGAAAAGAAAAUUUCAAUUUAAAACUCAGAAUUUUUUUUUUGGAAGAAAAAGAGAAUACUAAAAAUCAUAUAGAAAAUAGUUAUGAGCGAAAUAUUGAGCUGAAGGUUGAAAAUGAAGAGUUGAAAAAAGAAUUGGAGGCAAAGCAAAUUUUACUUUGUGAAGCUGCAAAAGCCAUCGAGGAGAUUGAAAAUAUUCAGAAAAAACAGAAGAAGAAUUUUACAUAUACACAUGAGGAGGUAUCUGAAUUAAACACAAUUGACACAAACCUUAAAACAAGGAUAUAUGCAUUGGAAGCAACAAUAAAAGCUAAAGAAAAUGACAUCGAAGAGCGUGAAAAUAUUAUAGAAACACAAAAAGAAACUCUUCGAAACUAUGAAAAACUAAUAGCUCAAUAUGAAAUGGAAGAUAAAGCACGUAUAAUACAAGAUUUGCGAGAAAAAUUGGUAACCAAAACGCGAGCACAUGAAAAAGGAUGUAAAACGAUUCAACUUUUGUUAUUGAAAACUCGUGAAUUGGACAACGAUCUAAAAGGUUUUAAACGGUUUAAAGAUGAAAUCAAUAGAAUGUGUAAUUAUUUGAAAAUGCGUUUGCAUGAGCUUGCUGGUUUCCUUAAUUUAUUGCUGAAACAUGGAGGCGAACAUGAUCAACAUAGCAAUAUUCAAAAAGCUAUCGAGGAAAGUUUAAACUUAUCGAAACAUUUUGAAGAACAUUCAUUUAGCGCAAAUUCAAUACUGAAGGAGAUUAAUGACAAAUUUUUACCCCUGACAAAUCAAGCUGUCAUCGGCUCGAAAAAUGACAAGUGCUCAUUGAUACUCAAUAUGUUGCAUAACGAGUCAAAAUCGAUAAAAUCUUUCCGACAAACGAUAUUUUAUAAAUUUUCAAUUGAUCUGGAAGCGUUGAAGAAUGAAAUUAUAACCAAGAAUUUGGUGCCACGAUGUCGGAUUCCGGAUUCAGUUUUAGAUCGAACAAAAUUCAUUAAAGAAGGAAACUGUUUAGAAGUAAUGGAUGAAACUAAUAACUUAAACACACCCAAGAACAUCAAGAUUGAAGAACAUAAUUGUGGUAUGCUUGAGAUAGAAAAUGCUGAACUACGGACCAAACUUGAACGAACAAAACGUGCUUUCGAGAAGACCUGGGCUCAACUACGAUUUUCAAAUCAACGAAAAGAACAAAUUGCGUCUGAUAUUCGGCAUGAAAUUUAUAAAACACAUUCUACAUUAAUUGAAGUAAAAAAAAACAUUGAAACAAAAUGCUUUGAUUCUCCAUAAUAAAACGGUUUUAGAUUAUUAUUUAUUUUUAUUUUACAUCAAUGUAUUGUUUGAAAUUCUGUUUUGUCGAACUGUUGUGUCUUUUUGCCGAAAAUAAAUGCUUUUGGUGGUGGAAGUGGAA